CAGUGGCUGACGCAACUAAGGCAGAUACUACAGCAGCUGAUGCUACAACUACAGUUACUGACACAACUUUAGCUGAUGCUACAACAACAGUAGCUGACAAAACAACAGUUGCUGAUGCUACAACAACAGUUGCUGAUGCAACAACGGCUGAUGUUACAACAACAGUAGCUGACACAACUACAGUGGCUGACGCAACUAUGGCAGAAACUAAAGCAGCUGAUGCUACAACUACAGUGGCUGACACAACUUUAGCUGAUGCUACAACAACAGCUGCUGAUGAUACAACAACAGCUGCUGAUGCAACAACGGCUGAUGUAACAACAACAGUAGCUGACACAACUACAGUGGCUGACGCAACUACAGCAGAUACUACAGCAGUUGAUGCUACAACUACAGUGGCUGACAUAACUUCAGCUGAUGCUACAACAGCAGUUGCUGAUGCAACAACGGCUGAUGUUACAAGAGCAGUUGCUGACACAACUACAGUGGCUGGCGCAACUGUGGCAGAUAGUACAACAGCUGAUGCAACAACUACAAUGGCUGACCCAACUACAGCUGAUGCUACAACAGUUGCUCAAGCAACAACGACUGAUGUGACAACAACAGUAGCUGAUAAAACUACAGUGGCUGACGCAACUACGGCAGAUACUACAUCAGCUGAUACUACAACACCAGUUGAUGGCACAACUACAUUGUCUGACAAAACUACGGCAGAUACUACAGCAUCACAUGACAUAACUACAGAGGCUGAUACAACUACAGCUGAUGCUACAACAAGAGUUACCGAUGCAACAACGGCUGAUGUUACAA